AUGGUUGCUGUUUUUAAAGAGUAUAACCUUAAUAACCAUUAUACUACUAAACAUGCAGACCAGUAUGCAAAGUACCAAGGAGAAGAAAGGGAGACGCAAAUUACCCAGCUUCAGAAAUGCCUGCAAAUGCAGCAAACCCUCUUCAAGCGAGCAAAAAAGGAAUGUGAUGCCACAGUUGAGGCUAGCUAUGUGGUGAGUGAGCAGAUUGCAAAAGCAGGAAAGCCAUUCACUGACGGUCAGCUUUUGAAAGAUUGUAUGGUAAAGGUGGCUGAAAUCUUUUGUCCUGAGAAGGCAAAUCUAUUUCGAAACAUCAGCCUAUCACCAAAUACAGUGGCGGAGAGGAUCAGUGAUUUGUCACAUAAUAUUUAUGAGCAGUUGUGCAAUAAGGCUACAAAGUUCUGUUUUUAUUCAUUGGCUCUUUAUGAGAGCACUGACAUAAAUGACACUGCUCAGUUAGCUAUAUUUGUCAGAGGAAUUAAUGACCAUUUUGAAGUAACUGAAGAGGUGCUCAGUUUAGUUGCAAUGCAGGGAAAGACUACAGGCAGCAACAUAUUUCAGCAACUCUGUGAUGUAAUUGAAAGUGCUGGCCUACCUUGGGAUAGACUGGUUGGAAUAACCACAGAUGGUGCCCCAUCAAUGACUGGAAAGAAAAAUGGCCUAGUGGCGCUAAUACAAAGAAAACUAGAAGAAGAGAAUGCAGAUCCUGCGAUUGCUUUGCAUUGAAUUAUUCAUCAGCAGGCACGUUGCAGCAAAUGCUUGAAAUUUGACAAUGUUAUGCCAGUUGUGGUGAAGUGCAUUAAUUACAUCAGAUCAAGGGGCUUACAGCAUCGCCAGUUUCAUGCUUUUUUGGAGCAAAUAGGAGCAGUGUAUGGUGAUGUCCUGUACUUUACAGAGGUGCGCUGGCUAAGUAGGGCCAAUGUCCUGAAGAGGUUCUAUGAACUGAGGAAGGAAGAGCUGAACAAACGCAAUCUGAAACUGCAAGGCCCAAAUCAGUUUACCACUGUGGCUUUUGACAAUGUGAAGGCAUUCUCCAUAAAGCUGCAGUUAUGGAAAACACAGUUUACCUACAGAAACCUCAGCCAUUUUCCAAUGGGCAAGUCCCUAAUUGAAGAAAAAGGUGGAGACAUUUAUCUGUUUGCUGUUGAUCAGUAUGUUGCUGCCAUUGAAAAUCUCCAACGGGAAUUUAAUCAGCGAUUUGCUGACUUCACUAGCCACAAUGCAACCUUUCAGAUUUUUGCUGACCCCUUUUCUUUUGAUGUGAACAGUGCCCCUGAUGUGCUGCAAAUGGAACUUAUAGAUCUGCAAUGCAGCACUGACCUCAAAGCCAAGUUCCGAGAUGCACAGGGAAAUGCAGAAAUGAUCAGUCGAUUUCUGAGAGAAUUACCAGCUACCUUCCCAGAACUGUCCAAACUAUUCAAACGGAUCAUGUGUUUAUUUGGAAGUACAUACCUGUGUGAAAAAUUAUUCUCAACUAUGAACUUUAACAAAUCUAAAACCAGGUCUAGGCUAACAGAUGCACAUCUCCAGCACUGCUUGUACCAAGAAGAAGGGAACGCCCUGUAA